UCUCUCUGCUCCGCCACCUCAGCUGGGGUUCACUAUCUCUCCUAUCUCCAGCUGAUCAUUCCCCAGGCAGCUCCAGGUCUGCCCAAGCGGCUGAAUGUGGAAAGGAUGAACGACUUGGUGCUCUCAGCCAAUGCAAGCAAGACCAGCAGGCUGGCUCCUCACCAUGGCUACAUGCUGGGCAAACAGGAGACUGACCAGUUUUGGAGAGUAGGCAGAGCUCUAUGUCUGUCUUGGGACUCCUGGGUGGAAACCAAGUACCAGGCCCUGGUGCUGGAGAUGAACUCCAGUUCCCCAAAGACUGAACCCUACUAUAUCCAAGUCCUGCACAGCUGUGAGCUGGACGAUGCCACCGGUGUCAUCCGAGCCAUCACCAGAUAUUCCCUCAACGGGGAGGACGUGCUACAGCACAAGGCCGAACAGAACCGCUGGUUCUCAGUUCACCCAGUGGCCUGGCAAGUGGCGGAGCGCUGGAACCGCGAAGGGGAGACAUUCGCUUUGAUACACCUCCUCAUUCCACAGCGAUGCAGGUUCUGGAUAGAGAGCUUCAUGCCAUUCAUCACUGAGAAGACAGGUGACAGCUCUUCUGGUGCCUCUCAAUCCUGA